AUGGAGGUGGAACAGCUCCUUACACUGUCCGGAUCGGCACUGGCACAGGCUGUCAGCUCACUGCUGGAGACUCCCGGCCUUUAUGUUUUUUCUGACAUUUUGGAGCUGCCCAACGUUAGAGAGCUGGAGAAAGGCCCUCACGCCCCGAUGUACCAGCUCCUCAACCUCUUCGCCUACGGAACCUACUGCGACUACAAAGAUCGAGCGGCGUCCCUGCCAGAGCUAACACCCGCUCAGAGGAACAAACUUCGGCAUCUGUCCAUCAUCAGCCUGGCCUCCAACCUCAAGUGCCUGCCGUACUCGCUGCUCUUGCAGCAGCUGGAGCUGAAGAACGUACGCGAGCUGGAGGACCUACUGAUCGAGGCAGUGUACUGCGACAUCAUCCAGGGGAAACUGGACCAGCGCAAUCAGCAAGUGGAGGUGGACUGCAGCGUGGGUCGUGACCUGGGCCCGAACGAGCUACCCAACAUCGUCAAAACGCUUCAGGAGUGGUGCACGGGCUGCGAGGCGGUGUUGUGCAGCAUCGAAGAGCAAGUCUCCCGGGCGAAUCAAUACAGGGAGAGCCAGCUGAAAGUCAAAGUUCAAGUGGAAACAGAGGUGUCAAACCUCCAAAAAACCCUGAAGGCCAGCGCCGCCUCGCCUUCAUCGGGCCCCGCCCCUGCCGGAGCAGCCUCCAAUCAGGAUGCGGACCAACCGGCCGAACCGCGAGACCCCGCAUCAUCUCAGGAACCACGACAGCCGGGAAAAAAAAGUUCUAAGGUGAAAGGGCUGCGCGGCAGCGGCAAGAUCUGGUCCAAGUCCAACUGA